AUGACAGCUCCGGAGCUCAAGGAGAGCCAGGGCUGGGGGCGCCCAGGGCUGACCACCAAGGCGGCCUCCUUCCUGGGGGCGAGUCCGGACCGGCGGAGGCCCGGCCUGGAGGCCGUGCAGCGGGCGGAGGGGGGGCUCCGAGGGCGGAGGCCCGGCCUGGAGGCCGUCAAAGAUCGAGGUCCAGAAGCCACCAGGAGAUUUUUUAAUUGGUUUUAUUGGAGCAUUAACUUGGGAGCGAUCCUUUCAUUAGGAGGCAUUGCCUAUGUCCAGCAGAAUGUGAGCUUUUUCUCUGGCUAUCUGAUCCCUACGGUCUGCGUGGCUGUGGCAUUUGUGGUCUUCCUCUGUGGCCAGAGCGUCUUCAUCACCAAGCCCCCAGACGGCAGCGCCUUCACAGAUAUGUUCAAAAUCCUCACCUACUCCUGCUGCUCCCAGCGGCUGCGUGGGGGGCGCUCAGGCAGUGGUGAAGGCAGUGGAGUCUUUCAGCAAUCUUCUAAACAAAGUCUGUUUGAUUCAUGUAAGAUGUCGCGCGGAGGGCCGUUCACGGAGGACAAAGUGGAAGACGUGAAAGCCCUGGUCAAGAUCGUGCCUGUGUUCUUGGCUUUGAUUCCAUACUGGACGGUGUACUUCCAAAUGCAGACCACGUAUGUCUUGCAGAGUCUUCAUCUGAGGAUUCCAGAAAUCUCAAGUAUCACCACCACCCCUCACACGUUCCCGGCAGCCUGGCUCACCAUGUUCGAUGCUCUGCUCAUCCUGCUGCUCAUCCCGCUCAAAGACAAGCUGGUGGAUCCUGUGCUGCGAAGACACGGCCUGCUGCCAUCCUCCCUCAAGAGGAUUGCGGUGGGCAUGUUCUUCGUGAUGUCCUCCGCCUUUGCUGCAGGAAUCUUGGAGAGCAAAAGGCUGGACCUUGUUAAAGAGAAAACCAUCAAUCAAACGAUCGGCAACGUGGUCUACCACGCGGCAGACCUGCCCAUCUGGUGGCAGCUUCCGCAGUACGUGCUGAUCGGCAUCAGCGAGAUCUUUGCAAGUAUCGCAGGGCUGGAGUUCGCCUACUCGGCUGCCCCCAAGUCCAUGCAGAGCGCCAUCAUGGGCCUCUUCUUCUUCUUCUCUGGGGUUGGCUCCUUCGUGGGCUCGGGGCUGUUGGCUCUGGUGUCUGUCAAAGCCAUCGGCUGGAUGAGCAGCCACACAGACUUUGGUAACAUCAACGGCUGCCACCUGAACUACUACUUCUUCCUUCUGGCCGCCAUUCAAGGAGUCACGCUCCUGCUUUUCCUCAUUGUUUCUGUGAAGUAUGACCUCCAGCGAUCAAGAGUGGAUGGAGGGACAGCCAGCAGAAGAGUGGACGCCGGCCCUGCCAGUGGACGAGCCUGACCGCGGCCCUUGUGUGCGCCACACUGAGGAGCCCCAGGGCUCUCACGUGCUAGUGCACGAGACAGGCGUCUGGGCCGCUGCCAGGGCGCCGGGGAGGGCCUCCGGCCUCCCAGCCCUGCGUGGCACGUGAACAGUUCUCUCUCCUCGCCCAGACCUAGUGCCUUACUGUGGUCUCCUGGCAGCCCGGCCCUCCUGGAGGAGAAGUGCAGGUCUCCAAGGCUUGAAGUCUUGGGGGGGAGUAUAGGUGUGUAGGUUGACACACAUACUGUCACAAACCAUGUGGUCUCCUUUUAUAAAUCAGCCAACUUGGAGUGUCCUGAGGCAGGUGGGGUCCUUGGAGAAGAAGGUGUGUCCGCUGCUGGUGGGUUGAUCUCUGAUAGCCAUGUUCAUGGCUGCCGGUCUUGCCCCUUGCCAGGUGUUUUGGGAGUGGGUUGGAGGUGUGAGUGUCUCCUGUCUCAGGAGGCUUCUUCCUUAAACUGCAGACGUGAUUGGAAGAGGUAGAGGCAUGCGGCAGUAUUAAGUCUGUGUCCUUUUAGCUGCGGAGCCCUCCAGCGUGUCAUAAGCCUUGCCCGUGUCCGUACUUUACCAGCAUGCUGAUGGAACCGUAGCCCGCUGGUGGUGAGGAAGCCCUGGCUAACGGAGCUCACUCUGGACAGGACGACUUCGCUGUGCGCGUGCUAGGCCUCUGAGCUCUUCUGUCUGUGGCUGUGCUUCGGUGUCAUUUUGUUAUUAAAGCUUCCCAGAUGUGA